AUGGACAUAAUAACGAACAACACUUCCUCUCGCUCGCUCUCGCCCUCGCCCUCGCCCUCGCCGAAUCCCGCCUCCGCCAGCCCGCUGUACCCCCUCGACUCGCGCCCGCCGCUCGAUCCGCUGACCCUGGAUCCCUCGACAAGACCGCCCAGUCCUCUCCAUUUUGACUCUACGGACGACGACAUGCGCUCACCGCGCCGCUGGGCCCGGCGCCUGGAGCGCACGUGCUGUGCAUGUGCCCGCUACUUUCCCCUCGCAUUCGUCUACUCCCUGACCACAUGGGCCGCCUGGGUGCUGGUGAAGCUGUGCUCGACGCCGUCGCGCGUCGAAUGGCUGGGCACCCCCGCCGCCGUGGCCGGCAUCGUGCUGUACCUCAUGUCCAACUGGUGCUAUACCACCGCCGUCUUCACCCCCCCCGGUAGCACGACCAACGAGUACGGCUACAGCACGCUCCCCACGACCGCCCCCCCAAACAUGACUUCCUUCACGGUCAAGAGCAACGGACAGAUGCGCUUCUGCAAAAAGUGCCAGGCCCGCAAGCCGGACCGCGCACACCACUGCUCAACCUGCCGGCGCUGCGUACUCAAGAUGGACCACCACUGCCCCUGGUUGGCCACCUGCGUCGGCUUGCGCAACCACAAGCCCUUCCUGCUCUUCCUCAUCUACACUACCGCCUUCAGCAUCUACUGCUUCUGCGCCUCCGGGUCCUGGGUAUGGAAGGAGAUCUUCGACACCAACACCACUUACGUCGACGAGUUCAUGCCCGUCAUGUACAUAAUGCUCUGUAUCAUCGCCGGAAUCAUCGGCGUCGUCUUGGGUUCCUUCACCUCCUGGCACAUCUACCUGGCCGCCAAGGGCCAAACCACCAUCGAAUGCCUCGAGCGCACACGCUACCUCUCUCCUUUCCGCGAAUCAAUGCACAACGCCUUUCGCUCCUCCCAUGCCCCCGGCAACGGCAACGCCAACGCCGUCCCGCCCCCCUCCUACGGCCAACAACUCCUCGAAAUUCACCGGAACGCCCUCCCUGGAAUCACCCGUCCCGAAGAAGGCGAGGAACUCCGCCCGGACCCCUCGCCAAGAGGAGUGGGCUUCAACAGCAUGCCCUAUGCCGACGUCACCCGUGGUCCGCAGUACCAAGCCGGCACGUGCCGUUAUACCCCCGACGAAAUGGAGCGUCAGCGCGCACGGCAACGAUACCUGGACUAUCUGGACGAGCAGGACUCGUCGAAACUGCCGAACGCGUUCGAUUUGGGCGUGAAGAAAAACCUGUUGCACUUGAUGGGACCUAACCCGUGGUUGUGGAUGCUGCCGAUCUGUAAUACGACGGGCGAUGGGUGGACGUGGGAGCCGAAUCCUAGGUGGCUGGAGGCUAGGGAGAGGAUUGCGAGAGAGAGGAUGGAGCAAAUCGAACGGGAGAGGAGAGCCGGCUGGGGGUAUGAUGAGGAGGAGGCUGUGGGGGGAUAUGGGACCCCCCAGCCAAGGGAAGGAGGGAAGACACCGACCAAGGCGGAUCGGGUGUUAGGACGGGACCCGAACUUGUAUGCAGAUGUCGGGGUUGUCGCGGGGCAUAAUAAGCGGUUGCAGAAGAAGAGAGAGGAGGUGUUAGCCAUGAGGAGAUUGAGUCCGGGCGGGAGGACGAUUGAGGAAGAGCUGGAGGAGAUCGAUGGGUUGAGCGACGGCGAGGAAGAGAAACCUCAACAGUCGUCGCAAUCUCAGCCACCACCAAAACCCGCCACAGCAAGCAGGCAACCCCUAAGUUUGGUCACCAACACCUCCCACAGCAACGGCCCGACAAUACCCACCGCCCCGAGAUGGUCGCCUGCUGGUACGGCCACGGCAGCGAGUAAACUGUUCCGGGGCCCGACGCCGAAUAGCCCCUUGUCACCCAUGGGGUUUCCGGGCGUGAGUAAUAGUAAUAGCAGAAGUUCGACCCCUUCAAAUGGGAACAAGGGGGUUGAUGAUGACGACGAACUUGAUUGA